AUGGCCAGUCGUGGUGGAGCAGUGAAGAACAUUUUCGUGAAGCUCAUCGUGGGUGCCGGGCAAGCAGCCCCAACGCCUCCGGUGGGCCCUGCGCUGGGUUCCAAGGGUGUUAAGGCCAUUGACUUCUGCAAAGAGUUCAACGCCAGAACCGCUUCGUACGCCCCGGGCGUUCCAAUCCCAGUGGCGCUGAUCGUGAAGCCAGACAGAAGCUUCACGUUCGAGCUCAAGUCGCCGCCAACGGGCUACUUGCUGCUGAGAGCCGCCGGCAUCGAGAAAGGAGCCGCCGAAGUUGGCCCAGGCAAGCCGUUUGCAGGCGAGAUCUCGCUCAAACACGUCUAUGAGAUUGCGAAGAUCAAGAAGACCGACGAUAGACACAAGGCCAUCGAGAUGGAGAACAUCGUCAAGGGCGUCAUUGCGACGGCAAAGAGCAUGGGCAUCAACGUGGUGGUAUGA